UUUUCAAAAAUAUUUUAAUGAAAAUAAUGGAUUGUAAGAAUAAGACUGAAUUUGGACUCACAAAAAGAUUAAGAAUUUAAACUUUGCUGUCUUGUCAUCUGCAUGGCAGUGAUUUCUUACUUUUAAGGUAGCAAAAGAUAUGUGCAAUAAAAGAAAGUUACACGUGUAUUUCCUUGGCAAUACAGAUAGAUUCAAAAUGAUUUGGGGCUAUCUUCUAUUCUCGUAAGACUCCCACUAGGAAUUCCACCAUUGAAACAAGGGUAGAAUAUAGUCUUUAGAAUCUGAAGAAAUCUAAUCCAAUCUUUUCUCAUCAGAUUGGAAAAAGUUUGAGGUGGGUACAAUUUUUAGCUCUUUAUUAUCUUUUUAAAGCUAGGUUUAGUCUUUGAAAUACUGUAAAUUUUGACAGGGAAAAGAAAAAACGAGCAAGCCCAGUACCAUCAAGUCAUAGAGAUCCAAAGGCUAUAUUAGAAGAUCUGGUAAUGAAACAUGGGACUGAGGAUGUGAUCAGCAUGGCACAUGCUUUUGAAGAUGACUUGACACCACAAACAAUUGAAACAAUGAGCACUCGCAUACUAGACAUAAUGAAAGUAUUUGAAAGACAAACAAAUAAAUUACAAAGAAUUUCAAAUGAACAAGAUGUCCUAGAGGGUAAAUACCAGAAAAUUCUAAAUGAAUAUCAGUUGCUAUCAGAAGAAAAACAGAUAAUGGAGAAUGAACUUCAAAAGAUGAAAGAGGAAGAAAAGCUAGGGGUUAGUAUAACUUAAACUGUUUUAAACAGUUUAAAUGUCAAAAAUGGGCAUUCUUCAAAAUAGCAACUCUUGUCUGAUACCAGAAAAAUGCCUUCAGAAUGUCAUGUGUUUCUGUAGUGUAAGUAAAUAGAAAAAAAAA